CACGGACGGCGAGUUGUUGGUCGUGAGGAUCUCUCAUCGUGGUCAUCGUGCGUGUCCCAAGCCAUCCACCCAGCAAUCCUCUGGUUGAUGAUGCAGAGCGAGCCCGAACAACUUCACAAGGUUCCGAGCCGGUCAAACAGCGACGGAGACUCCAAGCGCGGCCUGCUCCGGCGCGCACCAACCUUUCGCGCGCCGGAAAGAAUGCUGACGCAGAACUCGUACACGGUCUUCCAGGAGCGUGUGGUGAUUGCGAUGGUCGGCCUGCCGGCGCGUGGCAAGUCGUACAUAUCAAAAGCCAUCGUCCGCUAUCUCAACUUCCUCGGCUGCCCGACUCAGCUCUUCAACGCUGGCAGCCUGCGUCGAAAGCAGGGGCUGGCGGGCACCGACGCGUCCUUCUUCGACCCGAGCAAUAAGUCUGCACAGGCUCAAAAGGAGCAGAUGGCGAUGGACUGCCUCGACGAGCUGCUUGACUGGCUCCAGGAGCAAACGGUGACCGGCGGAUGCGCGUGCGGUAUCCUGGACGCCACAAACACGACAAUCGAGCGGAGAGCCAAGGUGAUCGAGCGGUGCACGCGGGAGCGGGAGGAGGACGGAGGGCUGCGGUUGAUCUUUGUCGAGAGCAUCACGGAAGACGAGGCGAUCCUCUCCAACAACUUCCGGAUGAAGUUCCGGAUGAAGGUGGACAACGACGACUACAGCGGCACCGACCCCGAGGCGGCGCUCGCCGACUUCAAGGCACGCGUGCGGCAGUACGAGAAGGUCUACCAGCCGGUCGGCGAGUCCGAGGGCGAUGGGGCCACAGCCGACCACUCGGCGCACAGUACCCUACCAAACCCGAUGUUCGACGCGGGCCGCAAGCUGGAGAGCAAGCUCGUCAAGGGGGAGGUGGAGCGCAAGGCCAUCUGGCUGGUGCUGGUCGGCGAGACGCGCAACGCGUGCGCCGGUGUGCUCGGCGGCGACUCCAGCCUCACAGCUGCAGGGAGCGAGUACGCGCGCGCCACCGCCGAGCUCCUCGUCCGACGCGAGCACGAGAUCGGUGGCACGCCUGCGGCGGUCAUCUGCGGCACGCUCAAGCGGUACGCGCUUUGCGAGGCGACAGAGCCACAACCCCCCGGCGAGCGGUGCCCCAACUGCAAGCGGCGAGGCUGCGACAGCGGCUGCGAGGGCGCGGACCGGCGCUGUUUCAUCAAGGCGGCGGCCAACGAGCUGUGCGCUGGCUUCCUCGACAGCCUCACACAGGCGGAGAUCCGCAGCAAGUUCCCGAGGGAGGCAGCGGCGAGGCAGGCCGACGCACUGACCGAGCAGGCUGACAAGCUUACCUACCGCUACCCCGGCGCGGGCGGAGAGUCAUACGCGGACGUUGUCCUCCGGAUGAACGACAUCAUCUGCAUGCUCGAGUCCUCUGUCGGCAACGCUGUGGUCAUCUGCGACCGCGCUGUCUACCGCGUCAUACAGGCCCACAGUUGGUCGUAUACGAGAGCGUACUUCGACGGCACGCCAAUCGAGGAGAUGCCGAAUCUCGAGGUCAAGCCCGGCGUCCUCGAGUUCCGCCGCUCGCACUCGGGGUUCUCCACCACUCACCUUGAGGUGAGCUCCGGCGCCGCCACCAACGUGAGCGGGCCCGGCUCGAAGCCGAGGCUCCUCCCUGGGUCGCUCUCGCCGCGCCUUUCGGACGAGGGGAACGGAGACACAAAGCACUGGCCCCUGGCGGAGGGCCAGCAGAGGGACAUGGUGGAGGCCCUCAAGGUCGCCCUCUGAAGGCCCGGCCGACCGCAAGUCGCUAGACGCUCCAGCUGCACCGCACCUCUCCAUCAGCAUCACCUCUCGCACACAACAACAGUCAACACGCUGCCUAUUUUCAAUCCCUGGGCUGCUUCGUGAUUUCGAGCCUCGCGGGGCGCAGAGGUGUCGUUAGUGUGAUGCUGGGGUUGCCCCUGGGCCUGGCCUUGAAUGUGGAGCUGGAUGGGGGGUCGAGAGGGGGGGGCGUGGAAACACGUUUCAGACGUGAGCUUAAAUUGGUAAUAAAUAAAUAACC